AUGAUCCUAAGGAGCUCGUCAACACCAAUCCUGAACUCAUGGCUUCCUCACUCAAUAGACUCCUUGCCAGAGCCAGACCUCCAGAGAACAAAAUCCACCUCCUUGGUGGUAUCUACCUCUCUUCACUGUCAACCAUCUCCCACUGAUGAUCACUCUACAAAGAAAAUAACAACGCGAGCCAGUUAUCUUCAAAAAACUAAGAAGAGCACAACUAAGAUACCAACCCACAGCAUCAGCAAACAACCAUCAAUUAAAGAAAACAAUAACGAUGAUCAUGAAGAAGAGGAACCGUCCAGUUCAUCAAGAGUAUUGUUUUCAAGUUCUGGGUUGGGAGAGGGAGUAGUGAAUGAUAUCGGGUGUGGGACACAGACAUUAGUGGUGGGUGGUGGAGUAGGAGAUGCGGGCGGUGGUGGUGCUGGCGGGAAAGGAUCAGAUGGUGGUGAUGUUGGCUCUGGGUUCUAUGGGAAUGACAGUACUGAUUUUUAUUAUCAGAAGAUGAUUGAAGCAAACCCUGGCAAUGCACUUCUACUCGGAAACUAUGCCAAGUUCUUGAAAGAGGUUAAAGGAGAUGUUGCUAAAGCAGAGGAGUUUUGUGAGAGAGCAAUUUUGGCAAAUCCAAGUGAUGGAAACGUGUUGUCACUUUAUGCCGAUCUAAUUUGGCAAACACAGAAGGAUCCCCGAAGAGCUGAGACUUACUUUGAUCAAGCUGUUAAAACUGCCUCGGACGAUUGCUAUGUCCUCGCUUCAUAUGCUAAAUUUCUUUGGGAUGCUGGAGAAGAAAAUCAAAACGAAGACGUCCAACAUGAAAUUGACUACAACAGACCAGGUCCUCCUGGUUUCUUCCAUGGACCUCCUCUCCAUCCUCCUUUAGCUGCACCCACCUAA